AUGUCUGACGAUAAUUUUAUGUUGGAAGAUGAUGAGGAGGAGGUGUAUAAUUUCGAUUAUGAGGAUGACGAGCAAGAAGAACCUGAUGUUGAUCUAGAAAAUAAAUACUACAAUGCCAAAGCAUGGAAGGAAGAUGAUCCAGAAGCAGCGAUACGUGAAUUUCAAAGUGUCGUUGAUACAGAGACGGAAAAGGGCGAUUGGGGAUUUAAGGCGUUAAAGCAGAUGGCAAAGCUAUCAUUUAAAGAUGGAGACUACGAUGCGACGCUCUCGUAUUACAAACAGCUCCUCACUUACACGAAAUCAGCCGUGACGCGUAAUUACAGUGAAAAGAGCAUAAACAAUAUACUAGAUUUUAUAUCAUCAUCUCAGGAUAUGACCUUUAUGGAGAACUUCUAUUCGACAACUUUGGCCGCAUUAGAGGAGGCGAAGAACGAGCGUCUAUGGGUGAAGACUAAUCUGAAACUAGCCAAGUUAUGGUUAGACAGGAAAGAAUAUACUCGCUUGAACAAGAUCCUUCGUCAACUCCAUCAGUCAUGCCAGAAAGAUGAUGGAACUGAUGAUCAACGCAAAGGCACUCAUCUUUUGGAAAUCUUUGCUCUCGAGAUUCAAAUGUAUACCGCGACCAAGAACAACAAGAAAUUAAAGGCUCUUUAUCAGCAAUGUCUUCAUGUCCAAUCUGCUAUACCACAUCCGAGAAUUAUGGGUGUCAUUAGAGAGUGUGGUGGAAAGAUGCACAUGGGUGAGAAGGAAUGGGAUAAGGCGCAGACUGACUUCUUUGAGAGUUUCCGUAACUAUGAUGAAGCCGGUAGUCCACAGCGCAUACAGGUGUUGAAGUAUCUCGUUCUUGCGAAUAUGUUGACAGAAUCACAGAUCAAUCCCUUCGAUUCACAAGAAACGAAACCCUACAAGAAUGAUCUACAAAUAGUUGCAAUGACAAACCUUGUAGGAGCCUAUCAGCGUAAGGAAAUUCGAGAAUUUGAAAAAAUUCUUCGAGACAAUCGGGCCACAAUUAUGGAUGAUCCGUUUAUUCGCACCUAUAUUGAUGACGUGUUGAAAAAUAUUCGUACACAAGUGCUGUUGAGAUUAAUAAAGCCAUAUACUCGAAUAGAAAUCCCCUUUGUAUCAAAGCAACUAAACAUUCCAGCACAGGAAGUAGAAGAUUUGCUUGUUGGUCUGGUACUUGACAAUAAAAUUGUUGGCCGCAUUGAUCAAGUCAAUCAACGUCUGGAAUUAUAUAGGCAGUCAUCCGAUACUCAAAGAUAUGCAGCGAUUGACAAAUGGUCCACGACGAUUAAUGCAUUGUAUAAGACAUGUAUUAAUAGAGUAAAUUGA